GAUGGACGUGGAUGGUGGGGAAAAAGGAAAAGUUCAACUUUUAACGUGCCAGAUGAAGUUAAUCACUUUUUUUGCUCUAUCUCUACAGAUAUUACUAAUAGUAGUAACUGACGGUAAAGACCCUAAAGAUAGUAAAGAUUGUCAGGAAGAAAAUUUUAUCUGGGAUUGUAUUACUUUACAAGAAAAAUUUCAAGGUAACAGGAAUAAUGUAGAAGAAUCCUGCCAACUUCUUUUAGAAGUUUCAACCUGUGUUGAUAAUAGCUAUGAAAGAUGUAAAGUAAGGAAACCCCUUAAUUUUAUAAAAGAAAUUGACAAAAUAUGCUCCGCGGAUUGUAUUAAAUCAAGAAGGAAAUGUGAUGAUGUUAAAAGUAAUAAAGAAUAUAACCAAUGCACAAAAGAAGCCUUAGGAAAGUGCCAUGGAAAUUAUAGAGUGUUUAAAACUUUCUCACCGUUUGGUAGGAGAAAGGGAUUGAAUAUUGAUGAGGAGGACAAAGAUGAUGACGAUAAAUGCGAUGAUCUUGUUAGUAAUUGUAAAACGCAGAAAUACGAUGAUAAGAAAAGUUUAUCACAUAAUGUUAAGGCUGACUGUUCCAAAUUAGACAAGCUUGUGUCUUGUUUAGAAGAAUCGAUGAAAUCGCCAAAAUGCAAAAAUUCUCAUCAAAAAUUUUACGUUAAAUCUAUGAAAUCAAUGAAAUUAUCCAUUUGUUCCGAUCCCUGUCAGAAGACUAGGCGAAGGUGUGAAUCUUUACAAAAUGUCUGCCAUUGGUGGGAUUGUACAAAUGAUGCCUUAGAAGAAUGUAAAGGUCGAAAUAAGCGUUUUACAUUUCAUAUAAAAGCUAUAUUAGGGGAAUUAUGCGAGACGAGAGAUGAAAAUCAUAAUAAGCAAAAGAAACCAAGUGACAAUGACGAACUUUAGAGAACACUUUAAAAGUAGUAGUAGUAGUUGAAGAAGAAAAAGAAGAAGAAGAAGUAGAUAAUAUCUUCACAUAUUUCUAUCUAAUCAUUUUUAAUUAGAAUUUGCAAAUAUAACCUUUUAUUUGUAUUGACAAUUAAAAAAUACCUUCAAUUUACAUUCAAUUAACAAAUAUACCUAAAGUAAAUUGAUUGUAGGCAAAAAAUCUAUCGACUUUAUAUGGAGGAGGGAAAAAGCAAAAAAGCAAUAGGAACGCCCUCUAUCAUAUAUCACACUUAAAAACAAAACUUUAAAUUUAUUUUAAUAUUAAAAAAAAAACCUACGGCUUGUUUUUUAUUGAAUAAUCCGACAAAAGAAAUCUUUACCUUAGUCAUAAAGGAUCUAUUGGCAUUUAUUAAAAAUAUGCGUAUUAUGUUGGAUUAACUAAUAAUAAUAUUCAGCCAACCUCUCCUUUUAGUUUCCAUCACAUAAGGUAUUUAUAAAGAUUUGUUAAACGUUUAUUUCUCUGUCUACGC